GUAGCAAACAGUUAGCUUUUAGCUGGUUACCUAGCCAGCCAUUAGAGAACUUUUACAAGAUUCAUCAAGCGCAUACGUGUCAUCGGGCGGCUUUCGGUUCAAUAAGUAAGAUAAAUACAGGCACAUCACCAUGGGGGAUGACAGUGAAUGGAUGAAGUUGCCCAUUGAUCAGAAAUGUGAACACAAGGUAUGGAAAGCCAGGCUAAACGGGUAUGAGGAGGCACUGAAGCUGUUCCAGCGGAUAGAAGAUGAGAAGAGUCCCGAAUGGGCCAAAUAUCUUGGGCUGAUAAAGAAGUUUGUGACAGACUCCAAUGCAGUGGCUCAGCUCAAGGGCCUAGAGGCAGCCCUUGCAUACAUUCAAAAUGCUCAUGUGGCUGGGAAAACAACUGGAGAGGUGGUCUCUGGAGUUGUCAGUAAAGUCUUCAAUCAGCCCAAGGCUCGAGCAAAAGAGCUGGGGAUUGAAAUUUGCUUGAUGUACAUCGAGGUGGAGAAAGCUGAGGUAGUCCAAGAAGAGCUUAUCAAAGGACUGGACAACAAAAAUCCCAAGAUAGUUGUGGCUUGUGUUGAAACCAUAAGGAAAGCACUUAGUGAAUUUGGUUCCAAGAUUGUUUCCCUAAAGCCGGUAGUUAAAGUGUUGCCAAAACUGUUCGAGUCUCGAGAGAAAGCGGUCCGAGAUGAGGCCAAAUUGCUGGCUGUAGAGAUCUUUAAGUGGAUCCGUGAUGCCCUGCGACCACCACUGCAGAACAUCAACUCUGUGCAGUUGAAAGAAUUGGAGGAGGAGUGGGUGAAGCUGCCGACCACAGCCACCAAGCAGACCCGGUUCCUUCGCUCACAGCAGGACCUGAAGGCCAAAUUUGAGCAGCAGCAGGCAGCUGGAGGACAUGAGGUGGACGGAGAUGACGAUGAGGAGGUGGCCCCACAGGUUGACCCUUACGACCUCCUGGAGGCCGUGGAGAUCCUGUCAAAGAUUCCCAAAGACUUCUAUGAGAAGAUUGAGGCAAAGAAAUGGCAGGAGAGGAAGGAAGCUUUGGAAGCAAUAGAGGUCUUGACAAAAAAUCCCAAAUUAGAAAAUGGAGACUACGGGGACAUGGUCAGAGCCCUGAAGAAGGUUAUUGGCAAAGAUGCUAAUGUUAUGCUGGUGACGCUUGCUGCGAAAUGCCUUGCUGGACUAGCUGCUGGUCUACGGAAGAAGUUUGGAACAUAUGCAGGACAUGUGGUGCCAACAAUUUUGGAGAAGUUUAAGGAGAAGAAGCCUCAAGUGGUCCAAGCCUUGCAAGAGGCUAUCGAUGCAGUCUUCCUAACUACAACUCUGCAGAACCUCAGUGAGGAUAUCCUGGCUGUGAUGGACAACAAGAACCCAUCUAUCAAACAGCAGGCCUCUUUGUUCUUGGCAAGAAGUUUCCGCCAUUGCACUCCUUCCACAUUGCCAAAAAGUGUUCUCAAACCAUUUUGUGCAGCGUUUCUCAAGCAAGUGAACGACUCAGCCCCAGAAGUAAGAGAUGCUGCGUUCGAGGCUCUGGGCACUGCCAUGAAGGUGGUGGGGGAGAAAGCCGUCAAUCCCUUCCUAACCGAUCUGGACAAACUCAAGCUUGACAAGAUAAAAGAAUGUGCUGACAAAGUGGAGCUGGCAGGUGGCAAGACGGGGGGAGGAGGAGGUGGGGCAGAGAAGAAGGAGAAACCUGCUCCCAAGGCCCAGCCAGUGGAGGAGCCCACUGCAAAACCCUCUGGACCACCCAAAAAGGCCCCUGCCAACAAGUCUGCUGGGCCGCCAAAGAAGGGGAAGCCAGCAGCAGCUGCUGGUGCCAAAGGGAAGAAGGUUCCGGAAUCCAAGGAAGCUGUGGAGACGGAGCUGUCUCUGGAGGUGUGUGAGGAGAAGUCUGCUGCAGUGCUUCCUGCUUCCUGUAUGCAGAUGUUGGACAGUGCUAACUGGAAGGAGCGAUUGGCCAGCAUGGAGGAGUUCCAGAGGGCUGUAGAGCAGAUGGACAGAAGCGAGAUGCCCUGCCAAGCUCUCGUCAGAAUGUUGGCCAAGAAACCAGGCUGGAAGGAGACCAAUUUCCAGGUGAUGCAGAUGAAGCUGCACAUCGUGGGCCUGAUUGCCCAGAAGGGAUCCUUCUCUAAGACGUCGGCGUUUGUGGUCCUGGAUGGGCUGGUGGACAAGGUUGGGGAUGUGAAGUGUGGAGGGAAGGCCAAGGAGGCACUGACGGCCAUUGGAGAGGCCUGCUCCCUGCCAUGGACCGCGGAGCAGGUUGUCUCAAUGGCUUUUGCACAGAAAAAUCCCAAAAACCAAGCUGAAGCACUGAAUUGGCUGGCAAAUGCCAUGAAGGAAUUUGGAUUUGCUGGAAUAAACGUGAAAGCAUUUAUCAAUAACGUGAAGACUGCUUUGGGUGCAACUAAUCCUGCUGUGAGGACAGCUGCAAUCGCCCUGCUGGGUGUUAUGUAUCUCUACAUGGGUGCCCCACUGCGCAUGUUCUUCGAGGAUGAGAAGCCAGCCCUGCUUGCCCAGAUUGAUGCAGAGUUUGAAAAGAUGCAGGGCCAGUCUCCACCGGCCCCCAUCAGAGGCGCAAAGAAGGCUGCAGAGGACGAGGGAGAAGAGGGCGAGGACCAGGACGAUGAGGAGGGUGGGGGAAAUGACAUCAUGGACCUGCUGCCCAGAACUGACAUCAGCGACAAGAUCACAUCAGAAAUGGUGUCAAAGAUUGGGGACAAAAACUGGAAAAUCCGAAAGGAAGGACUGGAUGAGGUAGCAGCAGUAAUAUCAGAGGCCAAGUUUAUCAAGCCCAACAUGGGCGAGCUUCCUAUGGCACUGAAGGGCCGUCUCAACGACUCCAACAAGAUCCUGGUCCAGCAGACACUGAGCAUCCUGCAGCAGAUUGCCACUGCCAUGGGUCCUGCCCUGAAGCAGCACGUGAAGAAUCUGGGCAUUCCCAUCAUCACAGUCCUGGGGGACAGUAAGAACACGGUGCGUGCGGCUGCCCUGACGACGCUGAAUGCCUGGGUGGAGCAGACGGGCAUGAAGGAGUGGCUGGAGGGGGAGGAUCUCUCUGAGGAGCUCAAGAGGGAGAACCCCUUCCUUAGGCAGGAGAUUCUAGGCUGGCUGGCAGAGAAGCUCCCGACGGUGCGCUCAGUGUCGCCAGACCUGAUGAUUUGCGUGCCUUACCUGUACGCCUGUCUGGAGGACCGCAACGGAGAUGUGCGCAAGAAGGCCCAGGACGCACUGCCCGUCUUCAUGAUGCACCUGAGCUUCGAGAAGAUGAUGAAGGCCACGGGCAAGCUCAAGCCUGCCUCCAAGGACCAGGUGGUAGGCAUGCUGGAGAAGGCACGAGCUGUCAUGCCGGCCAAACCUGCCGCUCCUGCCAAAGCCGGGCCCUCCAAAGCGCCCGCCAGUGCCCCUGCUGCAAAGCCUGCCGCUGCUUCAGCUAAAGUUCAGCCUGUCAGUGAAGAUGGGGGGGGGUUUGAAUCCAAGCCAGAAGCCAAGAAAGUCAAACCAGGAGGAGCUGCCAAAGGAAAGGGCGUUGCUGGGAAAAAGCCCCCUGUCAAAGCAAAUGCCAAGGAAGAGGAAGACAAGUCUGGCCCCAUGUUCAUCCUGGUUCCCGGUGGGAAGGAGCAGAGGAUAAAAGAAGAGAAGGCAUUGAAGAUCCUGAAGUGGAACUUCCUGACCCCGCGAGAUGAGUACGUGGAGCAGCUGAAGACCCAGAUGUCCACGUGCCUGGCCAAGUGGCUGCAGGACGAGCUCUUCCACUUCGACUUUCAGCACCAUGUCAAAGCCAUUGGCGCGAUGAUCGAGCACAUGGAGGACGAGAAGGAUGCCACCAUUAGUUGCCUGGACCUGAUCCUGAAGUGGUUCACGCUGCGCUUCUUUGACACCAACACCAGCGUCCUGAUGAAGGUGCUGGAGUAUCUGAAGCUGCUGUUCACCAUGCUCAACCGGGAAAACUACCACCUGAGCGAGUACGAGGCGUCCUCCUUCAUCCCCUACCUCAUCCUCAAAGUAGGGGAACCAAAGGAUGUGGUGCGCAAAGAUGUCCGCAGCAUCCUCACCAUGUUGUGCAGGGUGUACCCCGCCAGCAAGCUUUUUGUCUUCCUCAUGGAGGGGACCAAGUCCAAGAACUCAAAGCAGCGAGCAGAAUGCUUAGAGGAGCUGGGCUGCUUGAUUGAGUCGUAUGGGAUGAACGUCUGCCAGCCGACUCCAGCGAAGUCCCUCAAAGAAAUUGCCGUCCACAUCGGCGACCGUGACACAUCAGUUCGCAACGCCGCGCUCAACACUGUGGUCUGCGUGUAUAACGUCUGUGGGGACCAAGUGUUCAAACUCAUAGGCAACCUCUCAGAGAAAGAUAUGAGCAUGCUGGAGGAGAGAAUCAAGCGUUCUGCCAAGAAGACGCCAGCUGCACCCAUCAAGCAGGUCGAGGAGAAAGCCCAGCGGGCUCAGCCGGGCAACCACAACGCCAGCCUGGCGCGCAGGCCUCCCCCAGACGAAGUGCCCACUAAGCUCAAAAUUAUGUAUCGCACUUACAGGAUUCAGGCACGGGCCCAGAGCGCUCACAACGAGCAGUCCUCCCCCUCCAUCCCCAAAGAGUUCCAGCUGGAUCUGGACAUGAUCGAAAACGACCACACCAGAGUCAGCGAGCUGCCCGAUCUGGUGCAGCACAAGCUGGACGAGUUGCUGGAGCCUGUCACCAUCCCCGAGCCCAAGAUCCGCGCUGUUUCCCCCCACUUCGACGACCUGCACAACAGCACCGCCUCCACCAUCAACUUUGUCAUCUCGCAGGUGGCCAGUGGAGACAUCAACACCAGCAUCCAGGCCCUGGCUCAGAUUGAUGAGGUACUGCGGCAGGAGGACAAGGCAGAGGCCAUGUCAGGCCACAUCGACCAGUUCCUCAUCGCCACCUUAAUGCAGCUCCGGCUUAUAUACAACACGCACAUGGCCGAUGACCGGCUGGACAAGGCGGACAUCUUUAAACUCUACAGCUGCAUCAUUGGCAACAUGCUCUCACUGUUCUCCAUGGAGAGUCUGGCGCGGGAGGCGUCCAUGGGCGUGCUCAAGGACCUGAUGCACGGCCUCAUCACCCUGAUGCUGGACUCACGGGUGGAGGACAUUGAGGAUGGCCAACAGCUCAUCCGUUCUGUCAACCUGUUGGUGGUGCGGGUACUGGAGAAGUCAGACCAGACCAACAUCCUGAGUGCACUUCUGGUGCUCCUACAGGACAGCCUAAUUACCACUGCAGGCUCGCCAAAGUUCUCUGAGCUUGUCAUGAAGUGUCUGUGGAGAAUGAUCCGCUUCCUUCCGGAGACCAUCGACAGUGUCAACCUGGACCGCAUCCUGCUAGACGUCCACAACUUUAUGAAGGUAUUCCCCAAGGAGAAGCUGAAGCAGCUGAAGAGUGACGUGCCGCACAGGACCCUGAAAACCCUGCUACACACACUCUGCAAGCUCAGGGGCGCCAAGAUCCUGGAUCACCUGUCCAUGAUCGAGAACAGGAACGAAUCGGAGCUGGAGACCCACCUGAGGCGGGUGGUGAAGCACUCCAGUGACCUCUCCAGCAUGAAGUCUGACAGGGGCACUGAGAAAGGAGCCAUGCGAACGGAUGAAAAGAUGUCAAAGGCAAAAGUGAGCGACAUCCUGUCCGAGAUUUUCAAAAAGAUUGGAUCCAAGGAAAACACAAAGGAGGGAUUGACAGAGCUGUAUGAGUACAAGCAGAAGUACUCGGAUGCAGACAUCGAGCCCUUCCUGCGGAAUGCCUCCCAGUUCUUCCAGAGCUAUGUGGAGCGAGGGCUGCGCAUGAUCGAGUCCGAGCGCGAGGGCAAGGGCAGGAUCCAGGCCUCCAGCACGGUUACUUCCCAUGGUACAGACACCACUACGUAUGUGCCAAGCUCCAGCACAGUGCCACUGGGAACCAACGGGGAGGAAAUCAAGCCGGCUGUGUACUAUGAGAGGUUGAAAAUCCUGAGGCAACGCCACGGACUGGAAAACAGCGCCAAGCAGGAAGAAGACAGGCCCCCCUUGACGACCCUGCUGUCCAAGCCCUCGGUGGCCUCGUCCACCGACAUGCUGCACAGUAAGCUGUCCCAGCUGAAGGAGUCCCGCGAGCACUACCACCAGGAGCAGCCCCACUCUCACAGCCCCACCCGCUCCUCCUCCCCUGCCACCAACCUGGACGACCUCAAGAAGAGGCUGGAGAGAAUAAAGAGUAACCGCCAAUAAGGCCAGCCCCCCAGCCCUCGCUCUAAUGCUUUCCCAGACCCCUCUGCAGGGCUCACCCCAUGUAUGAAGAAGGUCCAAUUGUACAUUAAGUGGACUACUUUUGGUUAAGUAUUGUGGCACAAUUAUUUGUACAUACUGUAGGCUUCCAAACCACUUAUGCUUUCGAGAGUCAUUGUAGAAUUUUAGUGUACAGUUUCUCUGUGCUUGUUGCUGUAAUUUGUGAAUCUUGACCUGUCCUUUUUUAGAGGUUUUAGAACUCCUCAUUAAUAUGCUCUUUCUUUUCUGAGUCUUUCUGUCAGUUCUCUACUGUUUGCUCAUUUCCUUUACUAAAGUUCUUGUGCAACUUGAAGUAUCGAUUCUGUUCUGUUUCAGAAUCAUCGCGCAUGGCAUAAAGUGAUGUUUUAUAGUUUUCAUUCUAAAACGAUGCUUAUGAAAACAUUGCUUAACUUAUGUUCCAAUGCCUCUUGCAUACUGUAGCAGAAUAUUACCAGUUACAUUUUUUAAUUUAUUUAG